CGUUUUGGCUGUGCGCCUAGUGUACAUAUAUCUUAAUGGGUAAAGCUUCAAUCCCACCUCGUAAUUAAAUCCUUUCUUUGACGCCUCCAUCUUCUCUCAAGCGCAACACCCAUACACCACCUGCCAAUUUCUUGAACAACUCGGUGCAUUACAGUCUCAGAUCAAGUUAAUCAACGUCAGGGCACUCCCCAAAAGUCCCGCCGAAUGAGCUCUGCGGACGCUCUGACAUGUCUGGCAUUUUCCCCCGACGGUCAGAAGAUUGCCAGCGGCACUGCUCGUUCGGGGGUGACCAUCACCGAUAUGUCGUCGAGGAGCGAGCACCAACUACAAAUGCUUGCAGACCGUCACAUACACGUCACUGCUGUGGCAUGGUCUUCUGAUGGACAAAAAAUCAUGAGCGCAUCGCCUGACCACACAAUGUAUUGUUGGGACGCCACUUCGUCCCACCCUCUUGGACCACCAUUUGAAGAGCACAAAGACGUCAUCCUCGCAGCAGGAUUUCUUCCUGACUCAUCUCGUGCAAUGAGCUUAUCGAGGGAUGGAGAGUUGCUCGUGUGGGACACAGGGAGCGGGGUAGUCACUCAACAAGUAACAGUGUCGAAUGCUGCUCAAACCAUUUUCGUGGCGACUCUAUCAAUGGAUAGUAGUCUCCUUAUCACUAGCGAUACAAGAGAGGGCGUUGCCUGGGGGAUACCAAAGUGUGCACGAAUGGCGGAGAUAGCACUUCCAGAUAUACCAUUACUUCAGGCCGCUAUUAUUCCGAAUAGUCGUCCUCAAGUCGUCCUUGCAUUUGGCGACCGGUCUUUCUGGAAAUGGGACAUCAACACGGGGAAGCAUGAUGAUGCACGCUUUGAAGGUCUUGGUGAAGAUGAUAUCCCUUUUGCCAUGGUGGCUUCUCCAGAUGGCAACCUUUUGGCGCUGGAAAUUGACGGCGACGUCGAUCGCCCUACUCAUUUCUAUGACAUCAAGGGUCACGAAUUACCUGCCUCCAACAUGAGAUGUACACAUCCAUUUGCAUUUUCACCUGACAGCAAAUAUUUUGCGGCCUCGAGCGUGCCCUCGGAUUCGAAGGAUGGCUCUUGUAAGCUAAUUAUCCGUUCAGUAGAAGAGGCAAGGACACACCACAUGUUUAAUCCCGGCUACUAACGAAGUGAACUAGAUUCUUGGUUGUAGGCCUGUUGAUGUGAGAUCUAGGUCUAUGUUGAAAAAAAACUAUCUGAUGGUGUGCAACAGUUCCCUGCAAUAACUACCCCGAGAGCCAAAGGAAAACAACGUUCCCUAGGACUCAACACGGGUUUUUUCGAUGAACCACCACGUACAUCUGGUAGUACAAGAGGUCGCGCUGUAAGAUAUCCCAGAUUUGAAUUCAAGCAUACGUUA